AGCCAUGUUGGAGAACGAGUCUUCUAUAUUGGUCCAACUGGAUGAACCGGUACCAUCGCGAGCGCCCCUUCCCAGCAUGUUUUUUCUUCCUCACGCCUCUAAUUAUGCGUACGACUCUGCUUCGGGUUUGGAAAGGAACUGUUAGGAAAGGACAUUUACCGUAGAACACUACGUUGAACGUAGACAUCGCCUUUAGAAACGCGCUUCUUUUUUCAUCAUAUUUUUAUCAGAGUAUAUAUUGAAAAUGUCGUUUCACCGUAACAUUACCAUAGCAUAGAGGAAAGUAAUUUACACGAUUGACGUUAAACCGCGAAUGAUAAAAAUUACAAAGGAAUAAUCGAUACGCCAGGGAUCGUCCUUGUUGGGGUAAAUCGAUCUUUUAAAUCGAAUUGUUAAGCGUAAUCCUUAUACAAAGAUCGAAAGAAAAGGAUCGACGAAGGGAUAGUGGGGAAAGUGACUGGUGGGGUUGAACCGCGUGGAUUGGCUGCGCGGUACGCGAUUUGCCGCCGAGGGGGUGCGACAGAGGGUGCGUUCCCAGGUAUAUAUACUCCUGUUCUGCGGUGCGAGCGGCCGAUUCGAUUUCAACUUCUGAAUAUUCCAUUAGGAUACAGGAAAUCUUUUCGUCGCAACGGAUUGAUACUUCAACUAAUCGUAAUCGGUGACUUCUGACAAGAAGAAUGCAAUCGUGUUCGUAUAGCAUCUGCUUGUUUCUCGUUCUUUUUAUUCUUGGAACUGGGAUUGUUCAUGGCGAACCGGAACCGAUGGCCAGACCAACUCGACCAGUAAUAUUUAAGAAUCAGGAAGAAUUAAGAAAAUACCUCGAUCAUGUUAGUGAUUUCUAUUCCCUUAACGGGAAAGCGAGAUAUGGCAAAAGGGGAAGUGUUCUCUCCUCUGUACCGGAAGUUAAUUAUGUUUGGGAUUCGAUGAAAACAAUCCUGGAGAAUUCUCAACGAUCGCAGCAACCGAAAGCAAACCGACAAUUCGAAAAGAGGAAGCAAGAAGAGAGUGGAUUCCUCGAUGAGGUGGAAAAGUAUGGCCCUAAGAAGAGCACUUUACGAAUCGAUUCUCCGCCUUGUCACGUAUUAGACACAGUUGAAAAAUACUACGACGAUGUGCAAUAAAGUAAUUUGCGUGUCCUAUACCCUGUUUACGAAAUAUACAUCCCGUUACAUUCGAUUGUUUGUCAGUUGCUCUAUUUAAAUUGCUUAUCAAUAUUAUGAUAAAAAUAAUUCUCUUUGUAAACAAGAUCGCCUCAAUUUUCAAUUGAAGGCAAAAAGUGCCUCCACGAAUUUAAAAAAAGAUAAAAAGAUGACAACUAGUCAUCUCGCUACGAUUUGUGCGAAAUAGGAGGUAU